GAGCCGAGCCGGGCCGAGCCGAACCGGCGCAGGCUGUUGGGAGGGUCGGUGUCGUCGCCGCCAUGUACCGGGCUCUGUACAGUUUCCGUUCGGCCGAGCCCAACUCGCUGCCCUUUGCCGCUGGCGAGACGUUCCUGCUGUUGGAGCGCAGUAACCAGCACUGGUGGCUUGUCACCCGCGCCGGCUCCGGCGAGACAGGCUACGCGCCGGCCUCCUACCUCCAGCGGCUGCAGGUGCUGGAGCAAGAUGUGGUUCUCCAGUCUAUUGACCGAGCCAUCGAGGCUGUGCACAACGCGGCAAUGAAGAAUGGGGGAAAGUACAACCUGGAGCAGAGAGAUGUCCUCCAAAAACUGAUCCAUCACCGCAAGGAGACCGUGUCCCGCAAAAGUCACUCCCCCACCCCCCAGGGCAUGGUGAUGACGCAGUCCUCCAGCGAUCACCAUCUGGACGUGGCACGGCAGCCCAAUGGGGUGUGCCGGACAGGGUACGAGCGGCACCACAGUCUUCCAAACACCGAGUUUGAAGAGGAGGAUGAAGGUCUCUAUCAGAUCCCAGCACAGGCCCGGCGUGCUGCUCCCAUCACCCCGCCUCCUCCCGAGAAACGCAAGAGCCCACAGAUUGCUGCUCCUGUUAAAAACGCUGUUGAAAUUAUCACUGGGUCAGCUUCUAGUGCCUCCUCCAUGAGCACAACAUCCUUGGAUACCUUGUACACUGCUUCUUCUGCAUCAGAGACCGCUCUCCCGACAGCCACCUCCAGUCCUGCCAACACCCCACCCCCUGUCCCGAGCCGCAGCGUCCACACCACCAUAACGCGCAACUUGGACACUGGCUCAGUGACCCACUCCCGCUAUGGGACUUCCUCGAAGGACGGGGCUAGCAAAUCUCCUCAGACCAAGAGGGCUGCCCCGGCACCACCAGCUGAAGGAGGGACCCAGAGGUCCCACACUGUGGAUGGGGAGAAGACUUCUCAGGUGAAGAAAGCUGCCCCAAACCCUCCGGCAGGCCUGGAUGCCUUCAACAACCUCUGCCUAGAGGAUAAGAAGGCAACUGUGGUAGAGCCAGUGCCACCAGAGCCCAGUGGCCUGGUGGCAUCCGUGCCCAAGACGAUAGGUGCUGAACUGAUCGAGCUGGUGCGCAGGAACACCCAUCUCAGCUACGAGCUGUCCCGCGUGGCCAUCGGCGUGGUCAUUGGCCACAUCCAGACCUCCGUUCCAGCAACCAGCAGCAUCAUGGAGCAGAUUCUCAUCUCUGUGGUGGAGAGUAAGAAUCUGAGCGCGGGGCUGCCCUCAGGACAGAUCUGCCACGACGAGCAGAGGCUGGAGGUGAUCUUCACAGAUCUGGCCAGGCACAAGGAUGAUGCUCAGCAGCGCAGCUGGGCACUCUAUGAGGAUGAGAAUGUCAUCUGCUGCUACCUGGAGGAGCUGCUUCGCAUCCUGACAGAUGCAGACCCAGAAGUUUGCAAGAAAAUGUGCAAGAAGAACGAGUUUGAAUCUGUCCUGUCCCUUGUGGCGUAUUAUCAGAUGGAACACAGGGUGCCCUUACGGCUGCAGCUGCUGAAGUGCUUUGGAGCCAUGUGCAACUUGGAUGCUGCAGUCAUCUCAACACUCGUAAACUCUGUGCUGCCCAUGGAGCUGGCCCGGGACAUGCAGACUCACACGCAAGAUCAUCAAAAGAUGUGCUACUCUGCCCUGGUGCUGGCCAUGAUGUUCUCCAUGGGGGAGCCCCUGCCAUACCAUCACUAUGAACAUCUCAACUCUCAGUUUGUGCAGUUCCUACUGGAUGUGAUUGAGGAUGGGCUGCCCUCAGACACCACUGAUCAGCUGCCUGACUUAUUCGUCAACGUCCUUCUGGCUUUCAAUCUCCACAUUCCAGUUCCAGAACACAGCGUGAUCAUGACCACAAUAAGCAAGCACUCAAACGUCAAGACUUUCACAGAGAAGCUGUUGCUGCUGCUGAACAGGGGAGAUGAUCCAGUUUGUAUCUUCAAGCAUCAGCCUCAGCCACCGCACUCGGUGCUGAAGUUUCUGCAGGACAUCUUUGCCAGCAAGGAUACAGCAAGCAUCUUCUACCACACGGACAUGAUGGUCCUGAUAGACAUCCUGGUGCGGCAGAUUGCUGACCUCUCCCCGGGAGACAAGCUGAGAAUGGAGUAUCUGUCUCUGAUGCACGCCAUCAUCCGCUCCACACCCUAUCUGCAGCACCAGCACCGCCUUUCUGACCUGCAGGGCAUCUUGCAGCGUAUCCUGGGGGAGGAGGAGGAGGACCAGCAGUGCCAGAUGGACAAACUGAUCAUCUUGGAGAUUUAUAAGGAGUUCCCAGAAAUCUCUCCCAGUACAAGCUAACCACCCCUCAGCUUGGACUGGAUGGAGUUUGAACCACUUGGAUUGAUGGCAUCUCUUGUUGACACUUUCUCCCCAUUUCCUUCCAGUACAGCUCAUACCUUAUAUCCCUCCAUGCGAGGCCUAAGGCUGGGACAGCAUUCACCAGCCCUUUAGAAAGGCCAGCAGCAGAAAGGGUGUGGGGUGCCCCUGGGGCCUGGUGCUCAGGGGAGGUCAGAGCUGGGUGGGUGCUGGCACGUGGCUUGCCUGCAAGAUUCGGGCAGGAGGUAUUUAGGCAGCUGGUGUUAGUGGGAAGGAAGGGCAGAGAGCUUGCGAGGGACUUGGCAGGCAAGGUGGGGGGUGCUUAGCUGUGUUGGUGUCCCGAGGUCCUGAAGAGAAAGGCCUUAGAGUAUCACUUCUUUUUUCCAUGUGCAUCUCUCUCCCUGCAGUGACCAAGUGGAGUCUGCUGGUGCUUGGAAGAAGCUUUUGUAACAUCUGUUUUGUUUUCUGCUGCUAGUGCCAAUGUGCUGCAGCCCUGCUGAGGGGAGGUAGCCUGCUCGCUGUCUAGCGCCUUGUCUAGUGAGCCUUUUGCUCCCUCCUGGCCUCUGCUUUGCCUCUGGGUAGCAGCCCACCUAGGGUCAUAGAGGUCUUAUGCCAGCAGCUGCUUUUUUCACUCUGCUUUCUAUAGUGGUGUUUAAAUCUGAAUUUCCUACGGCAGCCUAGCAGUAACGACCACGUGAGUGAUGCUGCCCCUAGGAAGCCUUUGGCCUGGACACAGCAGAAAGAUGUGUCCUGCCGGGUGAAAGCUGCCACUCGCCCCCUCUCGCAGCACUGCCCCGGGGCCCUGAGCAGCGGCGCUGCGUGUGGGCAGGGGCGCUCUGUUCGUGAAGCGUGUGCAUUUCUUGCCUUGAGCUUCAUCGUAGCUCUGCCUCGCUGCUCUGCCUCUCCACGUGGCAGCACUUGGAGGCAGAGUGAGCCUGGUGUCCAGUAGCUGUUUGUGACUAUGCACGAGUGUGGGGAACCCUUAUUUAUAUUUCCUCUAGGUUUCUAGAAACAGGAUUAACCUCCUUCCCUGUAACAGAUAGUCACACUAACGUGAGUCUCUUAGAUAUUUGUGUGCACAGUCUGGUCACUCCCUGUUCCCAGCUCUUCCUUUGCAGUAUCCGCUGCAGGAGCUUUUGGAAAGUGGAACUGGAAAUACUGAGCACUGUAUUUUAUUUUUGUUGUUUUUUUGUUUAGCUUGAGGUAAUGACAAGAGCUCUGCUUUUGCAGGUCUGGACUCUGGGCACUGAGGUGGUGGUGCUUGGGAACAGAGUAGGUUAGCCUGGCAGCCAAGGAGGGGCAAGGUCCUCCUGAAGUUAGCCUGGGAAUGGCCAAGCUUAAUAACCACCCUCAUAGAAAAACCUAUUUUUCCCCUGUAAAAAUGUAUGAAUGUCAAAAGGGAUCCUGUAUUUUCUUAAACACUGAGUGUAACAAGCAGAAGAAUAAAAUGUCUUAAACUGGA